AUUUGGCAGUCAGAUGGUACUAAGGCUGAUGAUUUCGAAAUAGUCUUGUUAUUUUUCACUCUCAGCAGUAGACCAAAAUACCGAUGUUGUAAUUGGCAAUGAUAAUACAAUAGGAAGAAAUUGCAAAUUCUUACUGGUAUGGUAGCGAGCAGCUUGAGUGUUGAUAUCUCUGUUACAAUACUUGGUAUGACAUUCAGCGUCAAGACAAAGAGACUGCCUAAAAUUUCUUUCAAAAUGAGCAAGAAAAUCAAGUAAAUAGAUGGAUCUUGCUGUAUCUCUACCGAAGAUAAACAAUCAUGACAGAGGCGUGCGAAAUGAAAUCCUCUUGUAUGUUAUCUAAACGCGAAAAUCGACUGACACCACAUUUUAGUCGAAUAUUAUCUGUUUGCUUGAUGACCGCCAGAUGCCAGCAUGGCGUUGGUUGCGUUGCACGUGUUGCGCUCGACAGCUUUAAAAGGACUCUCGAUUCCGAUGAGUUUGGUUAGUGCCGGACGUUGUAGUAAACUGAUUAGUGUUCACGUUAAGCGCGCUUUUGAUAGAAAUAUGUCUUACACUGCGGUAGAGAAGGGUACACCGAAUACGACCAAUUACAGGAUAUACUUCAAAAAUGAUCAGGGUCCAAUUUCGCCAAUGCAUGACAUUCCGCUGUAUGCGGAUGAGGCACGGAAGGUGUUCAAUAUGGUGGUAGAAGUACCUCGGUGGACCAAUGCAAAGAUGGAGAUCAGUCUGAAAGAAACGCUGAACCCAAUUAAGCAGGAUGUCAAGAAGGGAAAGCUGAGAUUCGUGGCCAACUGUUUCCCUCAUCAUGGUUAUAUAUGGAACUAUGGAGCCAUCCCACAGACGUGGGAGAAUCCUGAGGUAUUGGACGAAGCUACGGGCUGUAAGGGUGACAACGAUCCUAUUGAUGUCCUCGAAAUUGGACAAAGAGUAGCUAAGCGCGGUGAAAUUUUGAAGGUCAAAGUUCUUGGUACCGUUGCGCUAAUUGAUGAAGGUGAAACUGAUUGGAAAAUUUUAACCAUUGAUGUGAACGAUCCGCUGGCUGAUCAAAUAAAUGAUGUUAAUGAUAUCGAACAACAUUUUCCUGGGUUACUCAAGGCAACUAUUGAAUGGUUCAAGAUCUAUAAAAUUCCUGAUGGAAAACCAGAAAAUCAAUUUGCUUUCAAUGGUGAGGCAAAACCUAGAGACUUUGCUCUCCAUAUCAUUGAAGACGUUCAUCAACAUUGGCAAAGCCUGAUCAAACAGGAAGCACCUGCUGGUGGUAUCGCAUGCACCAAUGUGAGUGUGGAGGGCAGCCCUUUCAAAUCUACUGUGAGUAGCGUGGAAGAAAUACUGAAAAAUGCCCCUGAAGCUGGAGAAGCACCGCCUAUUGAUAAUUCUGCGCAUAAAUACUAUUACCUAUCAGCUGACGAUUUGAAAAACAAAUUAUAGAACAUCUGCAUAAUUACUGCGUGUGUUCCGAGUUGAUAAGUGGCAUUACAUUCAUCUGAACUGAGACGCAGGAGGUUGAUACUAUGCGUGUUGUUCCACUAUAUCUCUAGAGCAUUGCUUUCACAGCAGUUCUCAAACUAAGCACACUCCUAUGUUAGAAUUGUGGAUUGUAUUCUUACAUGAAACAACAUCGCCACAGCGUCAGACACACACGAACAUUUAAUGUCCACUAGAGAACGGUCUCGGUAUCCUAAUAACUUUUAGAAAGCAUAAUUCGUUGAAGCUAAUCAUAGUUUCGUACAAAUGACAAAAGUGAGAUUAAGCAAGCUUUGUCGAAAAUGCAGCAUCAAGGACUGACUCUUUGAUGGUCAUUUGCUAUUUAUUUAUUUUAUCUAGAGGUUGUGGAAAUAAAGCAGAACCGAUAAUGAAAUUUUGGGAUCAGAAAGGGACAGCUGCCUCCAGCACCCUUUCUUUUUCAACAGCCAAUACUCUAGCUUUUUGUCUUUGUCGACAAUUGUACGGUAUCUUCUUAAUAAAUUAGAUAUAUUAUAAA